AUAAGAAAGAUGUUAAAUGCAAAACCAGAAAAUGUUCAUCGUCAAUCAUCACUGUCCAAAUUCAGAAGCUCAGAACGCUGGGAUCUCCCUUUGCAGGGGUUGAAAAGAAGCCUAAGAAAUAAAGUCAUCUCUCUAGACCAUAAAAAUAAAAAAAGUGUCCAUGGGUAUCCUGUCACUUCUAAGUCAUCACCAGAAAGGCAACCCAAAGUUAUGUUGACGAAUGUCCUAUGGACGGAUUUAGGACGAAAAUUCAGAAAGACCCUACCUAGAAAUGAUGCUAAUUUAUGUGAUACCAACAAGGUGCAAUCAGACUCAUUGCCUUCGACAUCUGUUGACAGCCUAGAGACAUGUCAAAAAUUAGAACCUCUUCACCAAAGCCUUAAUUUAUCUGAAAGGAUACCCAGAGUUAUAUUGACGAAUGUCCUGGGAACGGAGUUAGGAAGAAAAUACAUAACGACCCCACCUGUAACUGAGGCAAGUUUGAGUGAUACAGACAACUUGCAAUCAGAGCAACAUUCUUCAUCAUCUGAUCGCAGCCUAGAAUCUUGUCAAAAUCUAAAUCCUCACAAGAGCUGUUUUUUAUCUGAAAGGGGUUUACAACCAAGUAAGAAAGUAGAUAACAAUUCUGCAAAGCAGUCUGCACGUGCUAAAGAAAAGCGAAGAGAUGAUGAUGGCAUUUCUUUUUUAAUAUCUGAUACUCAGCCUAAAGAAUUUCUCUCAACUCUAGAAGGAGGCCAAAACAAGCCACUAUUAGCAAAUUUGAAGAAAGGACAAGAAAAAGACUUAACAGUAUCCACUGAGUUUGAAAAGUCAAGUGAAAACUAUCAUCAGGACCCAAAACUGCUUGAAGAAAUUACACCUAAACGUAUAGAAAGUGAUUUUACUGAACUACCCUCACUUAAUAGUCAGGAGUUGGCUUUGAGUGCUCCCCCUAAAAGUGCCUCUGUCUGUUCAACCACUGAAACUCUUGAGAGCUCUAUUUUCAGUGAUACUGUGGGGAUUUCUUCUCUGGUUGAGAAGGAUGAGAAUGAGUUGAAUACAAUAGAAAAGCCUAUCCUAAGUGGACACAGUGAAGGGAACCAAUCGCUGAUCUCUGCCGAACCAAUUGUUGUUUCCAGUGAUGAAGAAGGACCCAUUGAACAUAAAAAUUCAGAAAUUCUUAAAUUACAGCCUAAGCAAGAUCACGAAAUCACUAAUGAAAAUGAGAGUACCUCUGAAUCAGCAUUGUCAGAACUGCCACUGGUUACAUGUGAAUCUGUACAGGCAUCAUCUGAAUCAUGUCCAUAUAAUCCUGUCAUGGAAAACAUUUCCUGUACUAUGCCUAGUAAUGAGAUGAAUCUCCAACUGGAUUUUAUAUUUACUUCUGUCUAUAUUGGUAAAAUAAAAGGAGCUUCUAAAGGUUGUGUUACAUUUACAACAAAGUAUGUUAAGAUCCCAUUUCAAGUGUCCCUGAAUGAGGUUUCAUUGCUAGUGGAUACCACACAUUUAAAGAGGUUUGGAUUAUGGAAAAGUAUGGAUGAUGAUCACAGUAAAAGGAGUCAUGCUAUCCUUUUCCUCUGGGUCUCUUCAAAUUAUCUUCAAGAAAUUCAGGCCCAAUUAGAAAACUCUACAUUAGGUCAGCAAUCAAAAUUCAGUGAAUUCAUUUUCCUUGAGCUACACAAUCCUAUUUCACAAAGAGAAGAACUGAAAUUGAAAGAUAUUAUGGUGGAAAUAAGUACAACCAAUGGAGAAUUAGAGCUUUCUUAUCCAUUGUCUUGGGUUCAGGCACUUCCUUUGUUUCAGAACCUCUCUUCAAAAGAAAGUUCUUUUAUUCAUUAUUACUGUGCUUCAGCUUGUUCUUUUCCUGCUGCUGCUGCUGAAGAAAUGAAGAUGAAAUCAAUAUCUCAGCCCUCAAAUACAGAUGCAGCCAAACCUACCUACACCUUCCUACAGAAGCAAAGUAGUGGUUGCUACUCAUUUUCUAUUACAUCUAAUUCAGAUGAAGAAUGGAGAGAAGUCAGGCACACUGGACCUGUUCAGAAGUUAAUUGUAUAUCCUCCACCACCUACCAAAGGGGGAUUAGGAGUAACUAAUGAAGAUCUGGAGUGUUUGGAAGAAGGAGAGUUUCUUAAUGAUGUAAUCAUUGAUUUUUACCUUAAGUAUCUUAUAUUGGAGAAGGCAUCAGAUGAACUUGUUGAACGAAGUCACAUUUUUAGUAGCUUUUUCUAUAAAUGCUUGACAAGAAAGGAAAAUAAUUUAACAGAAGAUAAUCCAAAUCUUUCAAUGGCACAGAGAAGACAUAAAAGAGUAAGAACCUGGACUCGUCACAUAAACAUUUUUAAUAAAGAUUACAUCUUUGUACCUGUAAAUGAAUCGUCUCACUGGUAUCUUGCGGUCAUUUGUUUUCCGUGGUUAGAAGAAGCCGUGUAUGAAGAUUUUCCACAAACUAUUUCUCAGCAGUCCCAGGCUCAGCAGUCCCAACAUGACAACAAAACAAUAGAUAAUGAUCUACAUACUACUUCGACACCAUCUUUGAGUGCAGAGGAUUCUCAAAGUACCGAGAUGAAUAUGUCAGUACCAAAGAAAAUGUGUAAAAGGCCGUGUAUUCUCAUACUAGACUCCUUAAAAGCUGCUUCUAUACAAAACACAGUUCAGAAUUUACGAGAGUAUUUAGAGGUAGAGUGGGAAGUUAAGCGAAAGACUCAUCGUGAAUUCAGCAAAACAAACAUGGUGGACCUAUGCCCUAAAGUUCCUAAACAGGACAAUAGCAGCGAUUGUGGAGUAUAUUUACUGCAAUAUGUGGAAAGCUUCUUUAAGGAUCCUAUUGUUAAUUUUGAACUUCCAAUUCAUUUGGAGAAAUGGUUUCCUCGUCAUGUAAUAAAGACCAAACGGGAAGAUAUUCGAGAACUCAUUUUGAAACUUCAUUUACAGCAACAGAAGGGCAGCAGUAGCUAGUUAAUCUGUACAAACAUGACACAGAUGUUCUCUAAGAUUACUGGAAAGCCUCUUACCAGCAUUUGUGUUAGCCAGCUCACAGAGAAGAAAAUAACUUGCAGUAGUUUUAUAAGUCAUUGGACAUUAUUUAAAAUAUAUAAAAUAUAUUAUUAGAAUUGUUGGGAUCUCAUAGAUGGAGUAGGAAUGGGGAUGAUAUAGAUAAACUUAUUAGAUAGAAAUUAAAAUUUCAUAAAUAUUUCAUAUUUUUCUGAGUAAAUAUGCUUGGAUUAUGCAAUAGCAUAUGUAAUGUGGGAAUGUUUUUGUAUAUAAUAAAACUAUGUGAUCUGUACUUCCACAUGACUUGGUGUUGAGGGGAGUUAGGUCCUCCCUGGUGCCAGCCCCAGUGCUUGUCAAAUUUGUUGACAAGUCAUAUCAUAUUGUAAUUCUAUUCUUUGCAGCUCAAGCAUGCAGUAUGAAUACUGUGUAUUUUUUUAAAAAGAGAAUUUAGUAUCAAGGCUUCAGAAAAUGCCAUUUACGGCAUCCCUUCUGUAUGGUGUAAAAAAAGACAUUCAUAAUGUUAGGAAGAUGACAAAAAUUCACUCUUUUAAAGCAUAGCUUAUUAUUUUCAAUUGCUAAAGUCAAUUACUCUGCUCUAAUUUUUUUUUCCAUUUCUUUGUCAUAUGUUGGGAUCUGAGAACUUAGUUCAUUUGUUCAGGGUAAAAUUUGGAACAAAAAAAUUUAGCUCUCCAGAAUAGGUUUUUAAAAAUUAUACAUGUAGCUCAACUUAGUUUAUUUGAGGUAUAGCUAUAUAAAUAUCCACUCCUACAUUAUUCCAGAAUAUAUGUGCACAGUUUCUAUAAUGUAGAAGAUGAAACUGGUCUCCUUACAACUUUAACAAAAAAAUACCCUUAAAGUCCUAUUUAUUAAUUGUUAGAACUAAAUAUAUAAUUUUAUAGCUCGGUUUAGCCAGUAUUCAUCUGCAAAGCCAGAUUGCUGUCAUUGCCUUUAUAUUUUUAAAUUGUAGUUUUUAGAGACCUAUGAUCCUCAUGGAGCUUAAUUUUUUUUAUUAAAUAUUCAGGUAACAGCUCUGAAAUCAUGUGAUAAUGGUGGUAUUAUAUAUGAUUAAACAUUUCAGAACCUUCUAAUGUUAUCAGGAAUAUUUUCAGAGAGAAAUGAUUAUAGGUAUUUUCUCAGAUAAGAAAAAAGCUUUUUAACAAUAUUAUUUUCAUCUUCUGUUUUAAGCAUCUCUUGGAUUUGUGUUGUAACUAUAUGUAAAGAGGGUGAAGCAAAGGCAAUUUAAGAUAAAGCUGAAAUGUCUGAAUGUUUUAUUUCAAAAUCUUGUGAAUUGAGCUUGUCAGUUAAGCCUGUGUCCUUAGCUUUUGUUAAUCCAGUCACCAUCUUUAUAUUGUUAAAUAUUUGUCUUUUGGAGCUUUCAUAUAAAGAUGGUUAUAAUUACAUAUUUCAUUCCCAAUUUGUGUGUUGGAGACUUUCUAAGGUGACUAUUAAUUGUUUUGUACAUCUAAUUUUGGGAAAGCAAGAAUAUAAGAUAUUGUGUGAUUUCUUAAUUUUUAUGUUUGUAUGUUUUUCAAAGAUACCACUGUCCUUUAUCAUGUUUUGAAGAUUGUUUAAAAUUCAUUUUCCUAAAUUCCUGUGCAAAUAAUGCUUUGAUGAUAUCAACAUUUUAUAUUAAACAUAUUUCCAAUUCAUUAAA